AUAGAUCAGGGGCAGAGACAGCAAGCAGGGCGUUUCUGAAUAAUACGCGUUCAUGGAGAGCAGGGGAGGGGUUGAACCUUCACUGAACAUAGAAGGAAAGCCAAGUUGCGUAUUGAAUGUCUAAAUAACUGCCUUUUUAAAGGAACCACCCGACAAGGGAUUGAGCUGCUGGUGGGACAAGGAAGGACUGCACUCGUGUUGGCAUCUGGACUAAAAAAUAGCAACAACCUGCGACUGGUGCUCAUUGGGACAAAAUCUGCCAUCACUGUGAAGAGGACAUCCCUCUCCAGACAGAGCCUGUAAACCAUUCUGAGCCCCUAUACUUUUACUGGUUACUGCAUUUGGAGCAUCCCACAGCAGAACCACAAGUACCGCCUGGUCAAUAUUUAACGACUGCUUAAUGGUCGCUGAUGUUUCAUUCUGAUUCGUGAUUGAGCCUUGAAGCCAUUACCACCUUAUAUCAGAUAUACAUCAGCACUGCCGCAGCUCUUUGCAUCAGAACUGUAGCUACAACAGGUCACAGCUGUCCCAUUAAUUAUUGACACAUCCUAUUGUAGUGCCACACAUACAAACAUCCAACAGAGACUGACAGCUGACCCUACAGUUUACUCCACAAGCUGAGGAUGGAGGCGCCCAUUUAUGCCUCAGGCAUGGCCUAUAAGCUGAGGAGCCAGUGGGAUCGUGAUGAUGGUCUGGGACAGAAUCAUAAGGCUGUGAAGUUUCUGGGUCAGGACUAUGAGAGUCUGAAAGCCCAGUCCCUCCAGAGCAGGAGGUUGUUUGAGGAUAGUUACUUCCCCUGUUCCGCAUCGUCUCUAGGAUUCAACGAGCUCGGCCCGAGAUCUUCCAAGACUGCUGGAGUCCGCUGGAUGAGGCCCACGGAGUUCUGCAAGCGUCCCGAGUUCAUCGUAGAUGGAGCAACUCGCACUGACAUCUGUCAGGGGGCUCUGGGGGACUGCUGGCUGCUGGCAGCCAUCGCCUCGCUGACCUUAAACGACAACCUCCUGCACAGGGUGGUUCCUCACGGACAGAGCUUCGGGCAGGGAUAUGCCGGCAUCUUUCACUUUCAGUUCUGGCAGUUUGGCGAGUGGGUGGAGGUUGUGAUCGAUGACCGGCUGCCAGUGAAGGAUGGAAAGCUGCUGUUCGUCCACUCAGCAGAGGGAACUGAAUUCUGGAGCGCUCUGCUGGAAAAGGCCUACGCUAAGUUGAACGGCUGUUAUGAGGCCCUGUCAGGGGGCAGCACGUCCGAGGGCUUUGAGGACUUUACAGGUGGCGUGACGGAGAUGUACGAGCUGAGGAAAGCACCCGCCGACCUCUUCAGCAUCAUCAGCAGGGCCGUAGACAGAGGAUCACUGCUGGGCUGCUCCAUUGACAUCACCAACUCAACGGACAUGGAGGCCGUCACGUUCAAGAAGCUGGUGAAGGGACACGCCUACUCUGUGACUGGUGUGGAAGAGGUGGUGUACAGAGGAAGUCCGACCAAACUGGUUCGCAUCAGGAACCCCUGGGGGGAAGUGGAGUGGACUGGACCCUGGAGCGACAACUCCAGAGAGUGGGACAGUGUGGAUCGCUCCGUCAGAAGUCGGCUACAAAACCGCAGUGAGGACGGUGAAUUCUGGAUGUCGUUCAACGACUUCUUGCGCGAGUUCACUCGUCUGGAGCUCUGCAACCUGACGGCUGAUGCCUUGCAGAACAGCCAGCUGAAGAAAUGGAGCUCCUCGCUGUAUCAGGGCGAGUGGAGGAGGGGCAGCACUGCUGGAGGCUGCAGGAACUUCCCAGCAACCUUUUGGCUCAAUCCUCAGUUCAAGAUUGCCCUGCAGCACCCGGACACCCCUGGCAAAUCAGAAUGCAGCUUCCUGGUCGGCCUCAUGCAGAAGGACCGCAGGAAGAAACGGAAGGAGGGCAAAGACAUGGAGACCAUCGGGUUUGCCGUCUAUGAGAUUCCAAGAGAGUUUAAAGGCCAGUCAGGAGUCCACCUGAAGCGUGACUUUUUCCUCACCCACGCCUCCAGCGCUCGCUCGGAGCUCUUCAUCAACCUGAGGGAGGUCAGCUCGCGGUUGCGACUGCCGGCCGGAGAAUACAUCAUCGUCCCCUCUACCUUUGAUCCGCACAAAGAGGCCGACUUCGUCCUCAGAGUUUUCUCUGAGAAGCCAGCUGACUCAGAGGAGCUUGAUGAUAACGUUGAAGCAAAACUUCCAACAGAGACUGAGCUAGAUGAGAGCCAGAUCGACGCCAGCUUCAAGAAUCUCUUCAGACAGCUGGCCGGGCCGGACAUGGAGAUCAGCAUCUCAGAGCUGCAAACCAUAUUGAACAGGAUCAUCAGCAAACAUAAAGACCUGAAGACGGACGGCUUCUCGAAAGAAGCUUGUCGCAGUAUGAUAAGCCUCAUGGACACGGACGGCAGCGGCAAGCUUGGCCUGACAGAGUUCCAUGUCCUCUGGGAAAAGAUUAAACGAUACCUGACCAUAUUCAGGCAGUUUGACUUGGACAAAUCGGGCACCAUGAGCUCCUAUGAGAUGAGAAUGGCUCUUGAAUCUGCAGGUUUCAAGCUGACAAACCAACUGUUCCAGCUGAUCAUCCUGCGCUACACAGAGGCCGACAUGUCUGUUGACUUUGACAACUUUGUCACCUGUCUGGUCCGACUGGAGACCAUGUUCAAAACCUUCCAGACCAUGGACGCAGAUAAAGAUGGUUUAAUGUCCCUCAACUUCACUCAGUGGAUCACCCUGACCAUGUUUGCCUAGAGAUGAGUGGACUCCUCUGCAAAUGUUGCACUGCAUCCUGCUGCAGCUCCAGGCCUAGUAUGUGUUGUUUCAGAAGUGCCUUUUCCUCCACCUGUUCUUCCUCUCGCUGCUGAGGCCCUACGUAGCUUAAAGACUGUAAAUUCAUCUUUACAGUGCCUACAUUGGAAAAAUGUGCCAAUUCCUUUAUUUGCCACCUGUUUUGCCAACAGAAGGAAGCUCAUGUCUUUGAGCCUGGCGGUCAACUCUGCAGUAGCACUGACUGUGAGCGAGAAUGUUUUUAGCUGUACGAACAUUUAUUGGAUGCAGAGGACGGACAUAAACAUAUUGGCUAAAUUUCAGGUGGUGGAGACAAAAAACUUGUAUUGAUUUGUAGCUUGUUUGUUUGGAAAAAAAAAAGGCAUCUAGACAUAUGUUUUCUUAAAAGUUACCUCCUUAGUGUAGGUUUAGAGAAAGUGGAAGAAGUAGAAGUAAAUUUCUAAAUUAAAUAUUCAAAUAAAUUGAUAGUAGGCCUGUCACUAUUUACGACUUUGGUUGGAUAAUACUUUGUCCCAGAAAUAAUUGUGAUAAACGAUAUUAUUGUCAUUUGAGACCAUUUCAUGCCACUUAUAUAAAUAGCAUAACACAAGUACGGUGUUUCAAAAAGAAACAAACGUUUAAUUCUUAAUGAUAUUCAGACAUUGAAUUUAGGAUAUGAGUAAAAUAUUAGCAUAUUUUGUAAAAAAGUAAUUAACACCUGGUAAUAUAUACAAGAAAGUAUAUAUAGAAUUGUAAUACCAUUAUUGGAGUAGUCCAGAAUUACUCAGUUUUAGACUAAAUUUGGCCAACAAAAACAAAACAAACGAUUAGCGAAGCUCUGCAGGCACUUCGCAGUUAUCUCCAUAAUCUGGGCCAGUGUGCUGCAGUCUGCUCCCGGGGAUGGACGGCCUGCGAGCCAGGUGGUUUGCUUUUGGAUUUCAGGAAAUGGAGGAUGAAGUUGUUGAAUAGUUAAACCUCAAACGACGAAAUGUUUUAGCAUGUUGCCAUGAGUUGCCAAGCUAACGACUAUCAGGACUGUGCAUGUUUUUCUCCAAAAGUGCAGCUGCAGGCUAGCGGUAAGCUACACUGUGUCAUCUUUUAAGUGUUUUAUUUUUCUUCAAGCAUGCGGCAGUAAGGAGACAAAAAAAAGGCGAAACCCUGCUGUUUAUUCUGGCAUCAUGUUAUGUAAACAAACAUGCAUGUAAACACAGGUGAUAUGUCCAAUGUCCAUAUAUUGUAGGAUAAGUUGACAAUGUAAUUAUAGUGACAGGCCUAAUUUAUAUAAUUGACUAAUAAACACUACAUAAAAUGAUAUGUCUUGAUGCCACAUUUGUUGGCUACUUUUAGCAGGAUUUAGCUUAGCAUAUUUUAAGCGGAAUUCCUGAGCUGGAUUUUUCAACUUGAAUAUGAAAACCAUUUUCCUUUCACCUAAAAUGUAUUGUUAGGUUGUCUAUAUUGGCGGCUGGCAUCAGCCAAGCUGGGCUAAUUUAGCCUGAGCUAAGCUAAGCUCAGAUAAUGAAGGAAAUGGAGGAAAAAAAGUUGCUAACUAGCAUUUCGAAAAGGUGUUUUUAGCUGUCCACAUUUGCUGAAACUCAACCAAUAUGUUUAGGUUUGCUCCAUUUUAUCAGUCGGCGAGUUUUGCCCUUUUAAAACAAAUUAAGUCAAUUAGUGGUUUGUUUUUAAUUGUGUUUUUUGGGGGGAUUAGCUAUCAACAAUUACUUAUUAAUAAAAUGAGCUCUAGAUUGUUUGAGAUACUCCUGCAUUUCUACUCUUUUUGACAGAUUUUUGAUUAAAUCAUUUAAUGUGAAAACAAUCUAGUGGUCAGUCCACUAAGGGUUAAUGUGAGGACAAUCUUCAAAACGCUCCUCUCAGAGCUUAUUUUUUGUCAAAGAUAAUUGACGAUGAGCCUGCUGUCAGUUAUCACAAUCUCAGUGCCAGCGAUAUGGAGAGCUGCUGAGUGUGCCAGCUUGUUCUUCAGCUUACUCUUUAACACCACACAUUCAGCACAUAUGAAUGUGAGGAUUAUUUAUCUCUGCUCUGCCUUUGUAGCGACAUUGCCGGCCGGGCAUUUUGUGUUUACAUCUUGUGCCAAACUUUGCUUUCACCUCAGCAUCAAGAGUCCGCUCAUGACGCUUUACUGGGCCCUGCAGUGCAGAGACAAUGGUGGUUUGUUGUAUCAUAGAGAAUGUGUUGGGUUGUAUUUCUUUAAAAGUAAUUCUGUUUAGCUUUUAGACAGACGUAUUAUGCAUGGCACUUUUUACUGAAUGUUUUGGAAAAUAUGGAAAAAAUUUUAUAUUAUGGUUGGAACUGGAUGUCACAGUGGUUUAAAAAAGGGAUGCGUCAGCCUUGUUUAAUCUUGCCUUUCAAUGGGAACAAGAACACAUCAGUACUUUAGGUGAAGGUAAACUAUUAUGCAAGAUGGACGGAUAUGUUGGGUGCAUGCAUGUGUGAAAUGUGAUAUGUCGUCUGCCUGCCUAAUUUCUGUUCAACCAGGGGAGCAAGUGUUUUAUUUUAAAGAAUUGUAUGCCAAAAUAAUGUGUCACAUUUGGGGGGGGGGGACUUGAAAGUGUUUAGGUAUGGAAGAAAUACAUGUAAAGUGUUAUCAUUUUCUUAUCAAGCAAAGAGUUUCAAGUGUUACAAAUACUCAAAAUGUUUGUUCUGCCAAUUAUUUCUUGUCUUUCUGUAAAUGUCAAGAGCUGAUUUUGAAACAUUUCAAAAAGUGACAGCCAAACCCUUAAAUUUAUACGAUACUCCGACAAUGCCAGCAUUCAUCUUUCAGUCUUUAAGUUUUAGCAGCGUAAUGCUUAUGUAACGUUAUCUAAUGUUUACAGUGGUAGCAUUCUGGGACCCUUUGGACCCAUUUGUCUUGCAAUACAUUGGUUUACUGUGUAGCGUCUCUGUAAAACUUCAAUACACACUUUGAAAAUAAACAUUUGGAUUUCA